AUGGCGAAAAACUUAGAACGGAGCUUCAGGGCUGUUGCGAUAGACUUGUUCCGUGAGUUGCGGAAAGAGGAUCAAGGGAAUAUCUUCUUCUCGCCGUUCAGCAUCCAGGCGGCUUUCUCCAUGUUUCUCGCGGGUUCUGGUGGAGUUACUCAUGAAGAAAUUUCUAAAGUGUUGCACGUUAUGACCAAAAACCCCGGAGACGUUCAUGUCCAAUUCAGAGACUUGUUGAAGACAAUAGAGAAUCACAAAGACGUGACCUUGGCUACCGCAAACAAGGUGUUUGUGCAAGAUGGAGCAAAAAUUCAGGAAGAGUAUUUGAGUCGAGUAAAGGAAAGCUAUCUCAGUGCCGUUGAAAACACUGAUUUCAGCGAUGACACUAAUCGCGCCAAAAUAAACGCAUGGGUUGAAAAUCAAACAAAGAACAAGAUCAAAGAUUUGCUCCCUCCAGGCUCUUUGAACGCCAUGACCAGGAUAGUUCUGGUAAAUGCGAUUUAUUUCAAAGGCAACUGGUUGAACCAGUUUGACCCGGCAAGCACGAGAAAUCAACCAUUUUUUCAGACUAAGAAGAAAACUAUUGAUGUACCGAUGAUGUCAAGGAAAGGAAAUUAUCGUCUUAUUGAUAUUGAUGCUUUGAACGCAAGAAUUCUGGAGCUGCCUUACAAGGGAGAAAGCAUGUCCAUGUUUCUCCUUGUUCCGAGAGAAGUCGAUGGACUGGAGGCGCUAGAAAAUGCCUUGACGCAUGAAAUGCUGGAAAAGGUUAUUUCUACGAAAGGCGCUCGACGUGAGCUGACAGUCGUCUUGCCGAAAUUUAAACUUGAAUCCUCCUUCACCCUGAGGAAAACGUUGUCCAAGCUUGGAAUGCCAAGUGCGUUCAAUGCAGAUGAGGCAGACUUUUCUGGGAUUACCGGCGACAAAUCGUUGUUCGUGAGUGAAGGUUAUCACAAGGCCUUCUUAGAGGUAAAUGAAGAGGGAAGUGAGGCAGCUGCUGCAACUCGUGCCAGCGGCUUAGGCUGUGCGUUUGGCGAAAUCGAGGAGGAAGUGCGUGUGGACCGACCUUUCCUCUUUUUCAUCAAGGAUGGCCCGUUAGGAGUGGUUCUCUUUUUCGGAAAAGUUUCUUUGGAGUUGCGGAAUGAGGAUCAAGGGAAUAUCUUCUUCUCGCCGUUUAGCAUCCAGGCGGCUUUCUCCAUGGUUCUCGCGGGUUCUGGUGGAGUUACUCAUGAAGAAAUGUCGAAAGUGUUGCACGUUAUGACCAAAAACCCCGGAGACGUUCAUGACCAAUUCAGAGACUUGUUAAAGACUAUAGAGGUGUUCGUGCAAGAUGGAGCCAAAAUUCAGGAAGAGUAUUUGAGUCGAGUGAAGGAAAACUAUCUCAGUGCCGUUGAAAACACUGAUUUCAGCGAUGACGCUAAUCGCGCCAAAAUAAACGCAUGGGUUGAAGAUCAAACAAAGAACAAUAUCAAAGAUUUGCUCCCUCCAGGCUCUUUGAACGCCAUGACCAGGAUAGUUCUGGUAAAUGCGAUUUAUUUCAAAGGAAACUGGUUGAACCAGUUUGAUCCGGCAAGAACGAGAAAUCAACCAUUUUUUCAGACUAAGGAGAAAACUAUUGAUGUACCGAUGAUGUCAAGGAAAGGACAUUAUCGUCUCAUUGAUAUUGAUGCUUUGAACGCAAGAAUUCUGGAGCUGCCUUACAAGGGAGAAAGCAUGUCCAUGUUUCUCCUUGUUCCGAGAGAAGUCGAUGGACUGGAGGCGCUAGAAAGUGCCUUGACGCAUGAAAUGCUAGAAAAGGUUAUUUCUACGAAAGGCGCUCGACGUGAGCUGACUGUCGUCUUGCCGAAAUUUAAACUUGAAUACUCCUUCACCCUUAGUAAAACGUUGUCCAAGCUUGGAAUGCCGAGUGCGUUCAAUGCAGAUGAGGCAGACUUUUCUGGGAUUACCGGCGACAAAUCAUUGUUCGUGAGUGAAGGUUAUCACAAGGCCUUCUUAGAGGUAAAUGAAGAGGGAAGUGAGGCAGCUGCUGCAACUGGUUACCCUCUUGAAUGCGGCGGUGCGUUUGUCGAAAUCGAGGAAGUGCGUGUGGACCGACCUUUCCUCUUUUUCAUCAAGGAUGGCCCGUUAGGAGUGGUUCUCUUUUUCGGAAAAGUUUCUUCG